AUGACGGAAUUGACCGACGCUGAAGUGUUGGAUUUACAAAGUCGUGCAGAGAAUGAAGCCAAAGGACUUCAAUGGGUGUUCACAGACCGGCUGAAGAAGUGCAGUUUUCAGAAUUGUUGGAAGGUAUUGCAUACUCCUACAUUACAACUAAUUUUAGGGGUUCUCUCGGCUUGAAGUAGCUGUGUUGGUUACUCCCCAUGUUGAGAAUGCCGUUGUUUCGUUCAUCUUAGAGCUGUCUUGCCCUCCAUUAUAUCCAAAAGAGUAAGUGGUACACUACUAAUUAUAACUGUUUGAUUUCAAGUCCUCCGAAAUAUAACUUCACCAAUUUAAAUGGGCUGACCAGAGAAGAUCUGAAUGAUUUGAUGACAGAAUAUAACAAUAUGAUUAAAAAUGCGAAUGGGGUAAGACGAAUCUUUUUAAUUUCGUUGAUGUUUAGGAAGUAAUUCUAUUCGAGUUGAUCAUAAAGGGGGAGUCAUAUCUUAAAGAGAUUAACCAAAGGCUGGUUGGGACUUCGAUUCAACCAUUAAAGGUCAUAACAAGCAGUCAAAGUCCUGUCAAAUCUCCAAACUACAGCGAGACGAAGAAAGAUGAACAAAUUUUAUCUCCAGUUCUGCCCGCAGAACCUUUGGUUCAAGUGAGGAAGGAAGAUGAACUUCAUUGUCUCCAAAAUAAGAUGCUUAGGUCAUUGGGGACACUGGGAGAAGUUCAGAAAGUCGAAAUUCUCAACAAGACUGGACAAUUUGUGUGCAUUCAGAGGGUGAACAAGCUGAAGCCGAAUCGAGAGCCCUGUCAUCAAUAUUGCUCAGAGUAUUUUGCUUGGGAUAACGUAAGAAAUCUAUCAAUCUUUUGAUUUCUUUAGAAUCGUUUGAUUUUUGUUUCCGAAUUUGAUUUGUUCUACGAAUUGGACAAUGGAGAUAAGGCCAAAAAAGGAAAAUUACAAGCGUUCCAUAAAAACUUCAAUACGUUUCUUCAUAAUGCAAAACAUUCUACAUUCCCAACAGAUGAAGACCUCUUGUCUACUUAUUUAUUCUUCAAAGAUACCUCCGAACUAGAUAAAGUCAGCGUUUAUAAACGAAAGAUCUCUCUAGGACAAUAUUUGGAAAUGGAAUGUCGCCCUUUAUCUGAUCCAAACGUUAUAAAGUAUAUCUCGAAGAAUGCGGUAGUUAAAAGCAAAUUUUUAAAUCUUUUUUAGGCAACGGUUUUACCCAAAUUGGCAACACAACUAUUAUGUGCGCUAAAGACUCUACAUGACAACAAAUUAGCUCAUGGUUUUUUGAACAGGAAUAAUAUCUGGAUGACUAAAAAUCAUAGUUUUAUACUCUCAGAUUACUGGAUUACCAUUGAACUUCAACGGUUUUGCGAAGAUUUCCAUCGAAUUACAACCAAUUCCAAUCUAAACUUAUGCGUUCGUCCGUCGAUUUCUCAGAUGAGGCAAAGCGAUACCACGAAGCUGGCCGAUUUGUUGGAGUCCCUUUCAUCCGAAUGCAAGAAUAAGGGAGAUGAUAGGAUAUUUGAUCAACUAAAGUCGUUUACAUCCAGCUGCCGAGAAAAGGAAAUUGAUCUCCAGAAGUUGAUGAACCACCCCUUCUUGUAUUCUGGUCGGUUUAGAUUAUCAUAUUUUAUAUUGCUCUAGAUUUUUUGUCCUCUGAUGCCUCAACAUGGUCGUCUGAAGUCGGUCCAGAAAUGUCGUUGACGUUAUCUGGAAGGCUGGUUAAGGAGUAUAAUGUAUUGGGAUUCUUGGGAAAGGGAGGCUUCGGUCAAGUAUUUCUCGCAAGGUUUGUCAUUAGACCAACAAUUAAUAUUUAAAUGCCCGUUUAAUUUACAUUUUAUAGGAACAAGUUAGACUCCAAUGAUUACGCUAUUAAGAGAAUAAAUUUAACGGGGAUUCCGAAGAAACAGGUCGAGAAGAUCAUCAACGAAGUCGCUGUCUUUUCCAAGCUCAUAAACGAACACAUUGUCAGAUAUUUCUCAUCUUGGAUCGAGUCCUUGGUCUAUGAAACGCCGAAUAAUUUGGGCAGUAGCUUGCCAAGUAGGUGAACUAAGUUUUUAUUAGUAGUUUAACAUGAAAAUUUAGACGGAAAGGCACCGAAGAAACCAAAGGAAGCCUCCGAUUCAGACUCGUCCUCAGAUUCUGAAGGCGGAGGCUUCUUUAAAGCGCCAAAGAAAACGCGAAAGGCUUCGGUUAGAUCUUCCAACAUCCUCGACCAUUCCCAAGUCACUUCUGAAUUCUCUGUGAUCUUCGAAGGUGAUGAGGAUGUGAUUGAUGCUGAAGAAGAAGAAGAAGUCGAUGUAGAGAUGCCCCAACCAGAAUUGCCCAAAGGAAUGUCCAAUGCUUUCUUAUGUCUUCAGAUGGAAUACUGUAGGAAUGGAACGCUCCGAGCUUUGAUUGAUGAAGGACAAUUGUUUGAGAAUGUGGCCAUGAUAUGGAGGUUGUUCAAGGAGAUCUUGUUGGGCAUUAAAUGUCUGCAUGAAUACAACAUAAUCCAUCGCGAUAUUAAACCUGGGAAUAUAUUCUUGGAUGGAAAUUGGACCGUAAAUUUUGUCAGAUUGAUUUUGAAAUAUAAACGUAUUUUUCAGGUUAAAAUUGGCGAUUUUGGGUUGGCGACCAGAGCUUUGGGAAACCAAAAGAUUCACUUGAGUAAGGAGUCACCUGAGAAGCCAGGGAGACCCAUGAGUCCUAAUGGCGGGGAUAGUAUGACAAAGGAUGUCGGCACUCAUUUCUACAUCCCCCCUGAAGCUAAGAGUAGUUCUUCUGGAAGCAAGAUCUAUGACACGAAGUUUGAUAUCUACAGCAUUGGAGUGGUUUUAUUCGAGAUGAUCCAAAAGCCCCCAGAUACACUUUCCGAGAGAUUGAAAGUCCUGGACAACCUCAGAAAUACGAUGUCAUUCACGGAAAACUUUUUGAGUUACCUUCCUCGAUCUCACCACAGUGCAGCUGAUCAAUUACUGAAAUGGUGUCUUCAGAAGAAUCCACGGGAAAGGCCGAGUGCUUCGGAAUUGUUAACUUCUGGAUUGAUACCUCAUAUCACAUCUGACGAAGACAACUUUCAGGUAUUUAUAGUGUGCUAAGUGACAUUUUCUUUCAGAAAGUAUUCUCUCAAGUUGUCAGAAAUCCAAAACAUCGUCUUCACAAGACAAUUAUGAAGGAGUUGUUUAUGUCCGUCGGACCGUCGUAUGUCGUCAACGGAUAUGAUAAGUCAUAUGUAAGUUGGAUUGUCCGAAAAAUCAUGUUAAUCUCUUUUUUGCAGGGUAACAUGUCUUUGGAUUACAUAAACACCCGGGAUGAGAUCUUAGACAAAGUUCGAAGUGUGCUCAAGUUGCAUGGAUUUGCAUCCCUCACAGUCCAAUCAUACGUCCCAUCAACGUCAGCGCAGAAUAAGAGCGGUGCCUUGUUUAUGUUGAACAACCCUUAUAUUACCGUUGAUUUUGCGGGGUCUCUUUUGUCUUCUCCGUUCAAUCUCCGACAGUGUAUUGUCAGACAAUUUUUACAUUCAACGACCACGAAAGGAAAGUUUUUUAUGGCUGAUAAAGUUAACGUGAGGCCUAGAGAAACAUCAGGUAAGAGAUAAGGGCGGUCGUAUACUUUUUUGUUUAGGACAUGUUCAUCCGGAGAGCAGAUAUGAAGUUGGUGCAGAUAUAUUGGCAGUUUCAUCAAGCCGGAAUCUGGCGGUGUCAGAGCUCCUGAUCGCCGUUACGAAACUCAUGAAUGCCCUGGACAUUGAGAACUUCAAGUGGACCAUAUUUGUAUCCCAUUCAAGCUUAAUCAAAGCUGUCGGGUGGCAUUUUGGAAUCACGGAUGAACCGAACCUUGUCAUACUUUUCAAUUUAUUGUAUUCUUACAGUAGUGGAGGCACCAAAAGUAAGGGAUUCUUUGAUUGAAAACAUACCUUUGUUUAGAAGAUAUUUUGAAAUUCGAAUUAACUCAUCGCUGCAAGAUACCUGAAGAAAAGGUGAAAGAUCUAGUGUCUUUCCUCAACGGGAAUUAUGACAACGUGACGGAGAUGAAGGAAAAGUGCAAUAUGCUGUUAAGGUCAAAGAACGAAAGAGUCAAAGCUUUUCUGCAAAAGGCAUUCGCAGAGAUCGAAGGACUGCUUAAACACGUCAAGACGUUGAAUGAAUCCAUCCAGUUGUCGUUCAUUCCUGGUUUUGUUUAUCAGCCGGGAAUGUUUUCCGAUGGCCUUGUUUUCUCUGUAAAAUGUUUCAACAAUUCUUGGUUUACUGUAAUGGCUGGUGGUAGGUCAAACGAGAUAUCCAUAUUUAUACAACUCAGGUGAAUACACGAAAUAUAUGGCAGAUGUAUUUCUUGCCAAUAGCCAGGAAUGGAAGGGGGACACUAUUGCUUAUGGCUUCAAUCUCUCCGUCGACGUUUUAACAAAAUUUUUGCAUAAAAUUGGAAGAUUGAGUCCAGUCUGUGAAGUUCUGGUGGCCAUAUCUUCUUUGGACUUCCUGAAUGCAUCAUCCAAAUUCUGUUCCGAUCUCAGGAAUUCGGGAACUUCCGUCGAACAUUGGCCAUAUCCUGGGAGUUCCAACGAUGAAUUGAUUGUAAGUUAUUUUGAAGUCUGCAUGGGAGUUGGGCGCAUUGAAUUCAGAGAAGGGUACACAUGUGUGUAUGCACGGCAGAAAAAAGAAGGAGCUCCCAAUUUCCAGGCAGCCAUUUUUGAAGGGUUUUUCUUCAAACUUUUCUUUCAGGAAUACAGUGUAAAUAAAAGGACAAAGUUUUUGGUGACAUUCGUGACAGUAGACGAGGUAAUUGUUCAGUUGAAUGAACUCUUCGACUCAGCCUCGGAUCAGACUGGGGGCUUUCGAAUGAUGCACCAUCGGAUCAGACCCAGUGAAGCCCUUCAAAAUAUAUUGCAACUAAGGUCUCGGACAAGAAGAUCACGUGCCCCGAACUCCGAAUCCAUUGAUCAAAGCCCUGUCCAAACAACCUCGACUCACGCAUCCUCGAGGAAUGUGGACGUGUUACUCACGCCAACGGCUUUUUCCAAAUUGAGUCAUCAUUUGCGAAAGAAAUACAAUGUCAGUUAGCUUUAAAACAAUGUCUUUGGUUGUCGUUUGUUCAUUUUUUUAUUACAGAACCACAUCAUCGCACUGAUGACUCCAAUAACAUCCAAAUUUGAAAGCAAGACCAAGUUCCAAGCCGUUAUUACAGAUCUUCCGGCAGAUAUCAUCAAUCAAAUAUCUUUGGUCGAUAGACAUAAUAAUAGUCUUGAUGCCGCAAUGUUGGCCGUGGAGAACAUUUCCAAACAAAAUGGUCGAUACAAACAGGAAAUCCAAGAAGUGUGGGAGAUAAUGGACCCCUUGUACACAGAAUCUCAGACUUCUGAUGUUGUUUUAGCCAUCUUUUCACCCCGAUUGGCCGAGAAUUUCUAUCGCUUGUUGAUUUGA